GAAGUCUGUACGGAUCAGGAAGUUGACACGCCGGCAGUCUGCUUUGACACUGCCGUGCUCCCACCCAGAACACAGAGGUGUGCGGUCGCUCCUGCUGGAAGGAGUCCACCCUCUUCAGGUAGAAUCAUCCAGCGCGGGCUGGAAGGGGAGAGAGGAAACCCGCAGAGCCGCUGCAUGCCAUGGCGAGAAACGGCAGCGUGUGUUCAGCCCCGCGGAGCCAACUGCAGGACUCCUCUGAGUCGGAGUCGGAACCGGAGGGGGGUCCUGCUCGUCCGGCGGGAGUCGAAUCCACGCCCGGCUCUUUCGCCCGCACCCAGGUGAUCCACAGCGGACACUUCAUGGUGUCGUCGCCGCACAGCGACUCGGCGGCGAGCCGUAGGAAGAGCGGCGGCUCGCAGCGGUACGACUUCGACACGGUGAACAGGACGUGGUGCCAGAUCUACCGGUACCACUCCGGGAGCCUGAGCAUCGACCCAACUCUCACCCGGCUGUUCGAGUGCAUGUCUCUGGCUUACAGCGGGAAAAUAGUCUCUCCCAAAUGGAAGUCGUUCAAGGGUCUGCGCUUGCUUUGGAGGGAUAAGAUCCGUCUGAACAACGCAAUAUGGAGAGCAUGGUUCAUUCAGUAUGUGGAGAAGAGGAAGAACCCAGUGUGUGGGUUCGUCACGCCGCUGGAAGGCUCCGAGGCAGAAGCUCACCGAAAGCCUGAGGCAAUCAUUUUGGAGGGCAGCUACUGGAAGAGGAGGAUUGAAGUGGUGAUUAAGGAGUACCACAAGUGGAGGAUUUAUUACAAGAAAAGGCUUCAGAAGAAGAAGGAUGACAUCCUGUCAAUGCUGCAGGAGGGGCAGACCUGCCAGGCCAAGCUGGACAGAUGGUCCAGUCAUUCCUACCAGCAGCCUGAAGUGGCCCCCGUAGAGGCCCACAUGUUUGACCUGGACUGCCUUCUGUCCGACAUCUCCGACACUCUGUUCACCAUGACCCAGAAACCCUGUCCCUGGACCAGCGACAGACACAACACUUACACAAGCAAUGCUGACAUGAUCCAGCCAGGCCUGACGCCGCUGCAGCCCAGUAUGGAUGAUUUCAUGGACAUCCCAGAUAUAUUUCUGAACUACCGAGGUCAGCCCACUGACCAGAGUGGGUAUGCCGACUGUAGCUACUUUGACAGUCCACCCAGCACGGCUUAUGCUCCUGUUCCAUCUCCUGUUGUGACAGCCCCUCAGCUUCUUAUCGACACCCAGCUGGCUCAGCCUAGUCUGUCUUCUGACAGUCUGCCCCAGCCCUCUACAUCCAGUCCUCGCUCAGAGCAGAACAGUGCGAGCCAGGACUGUGGCGAGUACCAUACGUCCAGCAUGCCGUCUGGAGACAUGUCAUACGGACAUCAGUCGUACCAUGAUGCAUCUGCGUCUACAGCAUACACCAGUAACGCAGAGCAACCGGUCUCUGGAAGCGUUCCUUUCCUGCACCCGCUGCCGUGUCACAAGUUCGGGUUCUACACAACGGCGAGCGUGACCUCUACCGUUAUCACUCACACGGCCUCCACCAUGGGAGCUCAGGGCUCCGUGUACCAGGCUCAUACCUACGCUCCGGCAGUGGACCCGUACUCCCAGACCCACUGCCACUCUCUCAGUUACCCGGCUGCCGCGUCGGACCCGGUCCACGCAGCGCUGGCUCCUGUCACAGCGACCCACUGCCUGUCUGUCCCGGAGCAGUUGGUUGUUUCAGGGGUAAGGGGUAAACACAAGCUAAAGACAGGAGGACUCCGGACAGCUGGGUCCCCCGAUUUGCCCUCCAACCCCCAAUCCACUGCCCCCAUCCCCACCAGCUGCCUGGCUAAGCUGCUUUCCUCCAGCACACAUGACAGAAAACCAACGCUUGGGUUUAAUAGUUCCUCUCUGUUGACAACGAAAGGUCAGAGGUCAAAAUCUAAGAGCUCUGUGAAAACAUGUGUUGUUCAGCAGACAAGCCGGGCCGCUCAAGUUGGCGGCGUUUCCUCGACACCGCAGCCUGGAGCAGGUUGGCCUCCGCCAGGACACAGCGGGCCGCGCGUCAGCACCUCGAGAGGCUUGGCGGCGUCCGCUCUUCUUACCCACGGGUCCACCAACAGCACUGCAGCCCUGCUCAUUCCCAAGACUGAGAAGCUGUCACCUGUUCCUCUCUAUGCCACAGACAGGAGCAGCCUGACCGUUUGGUUCAGUGCUCAUCCAGGUCAAAUCUCUCCACCAAACCCUCUAGACAAAGCCUCCAAUCCCGGCUCUCCACAGUCCGGCUUCUCAGGACAAGGAAAACUGGAGUCUAAUAAGCAAGCAGAGACCAGGAGGAUAACUCACAUCUCUGCCGAGCAAAAGAGACGUUUCAACAUCAAACUGGGAUUCGACACUUUACAUAACCUGGUGACGACGCUCAGCUCCCAGCCGAGCAUAAAGAUCAGCAAAGCCACGACGCUGCAGAAGACUGCCGAGUACAUCAGUAAGAUGCAGCAGGAGAGAGCUCAGCUGCACGAGGAGGUUCAGAGACUCCGAGAGGAGAUCCAGCACCUGAACUCUGCCAUCAAUGCUUGCCAGCAGCAGCUCCCAGCCACAGGUGUCCCCAUCACACGGCAGCGCUUUGACUACAUGAGGCAAAAGUUCAGAGAGUACGUCCGGGCUCAGACUCUGCAGAACUGGAAGUUCUGGAUCUUCAGUAUCAUCAUUGAGCCUCUGUUCGAGUCCUACAAUGGGAUGGUUUCCACUGCCAGCGUGGAAGACCUGUGUCGAUCUACUCUCUCCUGGUUGGACCAGCACUGUGCCUUGCCUGCUCUUAGACCCAUGGUUUUGAGUUCGCUCCGUCUCUUGAGUACAACCACAGCCAUCCUGACUGACCCAAGCCUCCUACCGGAGCAGGCUGCACUCGCAGUGACCCAGGGGGACCCUGCUCCUGCUAUGGACCACUCCUUACAGCCCAGUAUGCGGCAGUAGUGUGCACAUCUUUCGGACCAAUGAAGAAUACCCUCCAAAGAAAAUCCUGUUGAGUGAAUGGACGGAAAUAUGGAAAGCCGCUUCAAAAUUCAUUUGCGUGCUUUCUGGUGGCACCUGGUGUCUAAAAGGUCCAGUUAAGACACACCUUUAUCAUGUUUAUUUUAUGCUACUCCAAAAUUUAUGUAGACAAGCUUUAAUUAGAGCCACCUGGAGUUCAAAAAGUAUAUCACCCCUUUUAAACUGCUUAACAAAACCCAUAUCUAGCUAUCUGUCUCGCUAACUAGCUAGAUAGCUUGCUGUCGCUAUCUAGCUAGCAAAAUACCUAACUAUCUAGCUAACUAUCUAGCUAACUAUCUAGCUAACUAUCUAGCUAACUAUCUACCUAGCUAUCUAGCUUGCUAGGACUCAAGACUUUUGUGCAAAGGUUCAGAGUCCACAAUUCAAUAGAAGUCAUUGAAAGGGUAUACUACAGUAUAUGUAAUAACUUAAAAUAAAAAAUUAGGCAUAUUUUAAACAGGUGGAAUUACUUAUUUUUGUAAAAUACGUGAAUAAUUAUAUGUGAAAAUCAGUUAAAAUUGUGUUCUUUAGACAUUAAAAGUUAACAAUUGGUUAUUCUUUUCAAAUUAUUUCAUAAUCCUGUUUUGUAGUGCAUUAUAUUCGAUGACACAUAGUGAGGAAAAAAUAUUUCAUAAAUGGUUGACAUGAAGCAAAUACUUGAAGUAAUUGGAUAUGAUUUGGACACAUAGUAAAUUUGAGUUUUAAUCAGUGAUAUGCAGAUUUAAUCACUUUUGUAUUUUAUAAAUUAUUGACAUAUUUAUUCAUAUACAUAAAUUUUUUUUUAGACAUUUAAUGUAUUUAUUGCAGUAUUAUAUUGACUACAUACAUAACUAUUUAGUCAAAUGAUUUAGCCCCUUUGUGCCCUUAAUAAUUUUUUCUUCAUAUUUUCCUGUUGAUUAUAUAUAUUUGUGUAGUGUUACUUAAUAAACUCCAGGUGGCGCCUUUGACAGCGUUUAUUGAACAGCAGGUAACAUGAUUAGUGACAAAACCAGCUUUCCAUAGAAGACCAACUCAACUGAAAGGCUGGAUUUGGAUUUGAUGCUCACUUCUAAGCCUGCUUGUAGUGAAUAAAAGUAAAUCAUAUUUUCAAUUAAACUUCCACUCACCUAGAACUAAUACUAAAUGUGAUGUAAACUUAAAGUUUUACCAUAUACAUAUAUUACAUAUUGCAUAAGUACAUGUAGCAUACUGUACAUUAAUUUCUGUGACACAUGUAGAGCUGUCGAUCACUGUAGCAAUGGUGACUUAAUUUUACAUGUAUAUUGUGUCUUAUAAUUGUGUUUUAAACCAGUGGCCUUCUACAGUUAUUCUCAGGCUGACUUACAUAUAUAAAACAUAAUUUAUCCCCUUUGCUCAUAAAUAAAGUCAGUGCCUUGU